AGCGGUAAAUGAAAUAAUAAAGCUUGAAGCUGAAAUCAAUGGUACAGAAAGGGAUGUCCAGGACGCCUUCCACAUCUACGCAGGAAAUCCAGAUGGAUAUGUUCGACCACCAUGGAUCACUCACACAGGGAAAAUACACGAAGAGGAAGAGUCGCUUUAAGCGUUCUGAUGGCAGCACCUCUUCAGACACAACCUCAAACAGCUUUGUGAGACAGGGUUCAGCAGACUCCUACACCAGUCGUCCCUCAGACUCUGACGUCUCUCUGGAGGAGGAUCCUGAGGCACUGAGGAAAGAAGCAGACAGACAGGCAUUAGCCACCCUUGAGAAAGCCAAGACUAAGCCGGUUGCAUUUGCUGUAAGGACUAAUGUUGGUUAUAACCCAGGUCCUAAUGAUGAUGUACCAGUGCAGGGCAUGGCAAUCUCAUUUGAAGCCAAAGAUUUUCUGCACAUUAAAGAGAAGUAUAAUAAUAACUGGUGGAUAGGACGUUUGGUAAAGGAGGGCUGUGAGGUGGGAUUCAUCCCCAGUCCAGUGAAGCUGGAGAGCACUCGACAACUACAGGAGCAGAGAAGCAGACAGAAUCGCCUCAGCUCCAGUAAAUCUGGCGGAAGCUCCAGUCUGGAUGUUGCCUCAGGAACACGCAGACCAACUCCACCUGGGACAGGUGGCCCAGUCAAACAGAAACAGAAGUCGAUGGAACAUGUUCCUCCCUAUGACGUGGUGCCUUCUAUGAGACCCAUAAUCCUGGUGGGGCCAUCACUCAAAGGCUAUGAGGUGACUGAUAUGAUGCAGAAAGCUCUUUUUGACUUCUUGAAACACAAGUUUGAAGGCAGGAUAUCCAUCACACGGGUCACAGCAGAUAUCUCGCUUGCCAAGCGCUCGGUCCUUAACAAUCCCAGCAAACACACAAUCAUUGAGCGUUCCAGCACCAGAUCCAGUCUGGCUGAGGUUCAGAGUGAAAUUGAAAGGAUCUUCGAGUUGGCUCGGACUCUGCAGCUGGUGGCCUUGGAUGCUGACACCAUUAACCAUCCAUCUCAACUUGCCAAAACCUCACUGGCACCUAUAAUAGUUUACAUCAAAAUCGCCUCUCCAAAGGUCUUGCAAAGGCUGAUUAAGUCCAGAGGCAAAUCUCAGGCCAAACAUCUCAACGUACAGAUGGUGGCAGCAGACAAACUAGCCCAGUGUCCCCCUGAACUCUUUGACAUCAUAUUAGAUGAAAACCAACUGGAAGACGCGUGUGAACACCUGGCAGAUUAUUUGGAGGCAUACUGGAAGGCCACACACCCUCCGAGCAGCAACCCUCCGAAUCCCCUGCUGAACCGCACCAUGGCUACGGCAGCCCUGGCCGCCUCACCUGAGCCUGUCUCCAACCUGCAGGGCCCGUUUCUCGUGCACACCGAGCCGAAGAGGGAGGGGCCUAUCAUGGAACGGGCUGUAUCCCAGGACUAUCAGACCGUCCUGGAAGGCAAGCAGCCCCUGCGUUCCUCGCGCAGCCAGUUACACGCCGGGGGGAGGAGCUUAUCACGGCAAGACACCUUCGAUUCGGAGACCCAGGGCAGCCGAGACUCGGCCUACACCGACGACAUGGAGACGGAUCCAUACGAGGAGCCCGACUCCUGCCGCAGUCGCCUGAACCCUGCCCACCACGCUCCACGACAGGCGUCCUGGGAGGACGAAGGGGCGGAGCCGGAUCAGGAGAACCUCAACUUAGCGCCGCAACCAACCAAUCAGCACCACCGUGGACGGGGCAAGCUGAGGGAACGCUACUGUCAAGACGUAGAGGCCGGCGAAGAUACGGUGGGCCACAACCAAAACCAGGAGGAGUGGAGCAGGGAUGUGUACAUCCGCUAAAGCCAGUACCUUGGAGAGGAGGGCAGAGAGAAUCAUGUCCGGAGAGGGGAUGGGGAAUUGAAAAAGGGGGCAACAGGGUUUGAAGUGUUGAUGUCUAAAGCCGGAUCUGUUUACAACCCAUAUAACAAAUCAUUACAGGCAAAUGCUGUACAGUUUAUAUUUUUACCAUGCGCAUAAUGACAACCAAG